CCUCGUGCGUGCUCCGUCCUCUCGUGUGCGCUGGGGCGCGCCCCUCGUGCACUGCACCCUCCCAAAGCCCGCCAGGGCUGUUCCCUGCGCUCUGCUCCUCCGCGCUCCUCUCCAGCCCCCACGAUGAGCUUCACCGCGCACUCGGUUUUCUUCACCCUGAAGGCGAGCGUCCUGCUGGGGUCCCUGCUGGGGCUGUGCCUGGGCCUGGAGUUCAUGGGCCUCCCCAACCAGUGGGCCCGCUACCUCCGCUGGGACGCCAGCACGCGCAGCGACCUGAGCUUCCAGUUCAAGACCAACGUCUCCACGGGGCUGCUGCUUUACCUGGACGACGGCGGCGUCUGCGACUUCCUGUGCCUCUCGCUGGUGGACGGCCGCGUGCAGCUGCGGGUCAGCAUGGACUGCGCCGAGACGGCCGUGCUGUCCCACAAGCAGGUCAACGACAGCACCUGGCACUUCCUCAUGGUGAGCCGCGACGGCCUGCGCACCGUGCUAGUGCUGGAUGGCGAGGGCCAGGCCGGGGAGCUGCAGCCCCAGCGGCCCUACAUGGAUGUGGUCAGCCACUUGUUCCUCGGAGGAGUCCCUGCGGACAUACGACCUUCUGCUCUGACCCUCGACGGAGUGCAGGCCAUGCCCGGCUUCAAGGGAUUAAUCCUGGAUCUCAAAUAUGGCAACUCGGAGCCUCAGCUUCUGGGGAGCCAGGGUGUCCAGCUGGACGCAGAGGGCCCCUGUGGUGACCGACCCUGUGAAAAUGGUGGGAUCUGCUUUCUCCUGGAUGGCCACCCAACCUGUGACUGUUCCACCACUGGCUUCGGAGGCAAGCUCUGCUCGGAAGCUCGAGAGGAGAAUGUGGCCACUUUCCGGGGCUCAGAGUACCUGUGCUACGACCUGUCUCAGAACCCAAUCCAGAGCAGCAGCGAUGAAAUCACCCUCUCCUUUAAGACCUGGCAGCGGAAUGGGCUCAUCCUGCACACGGGCAAGUCUGCUGACUAUGUCAACCUGGCUCUGAAGGAUGGUGCGGUCUCCUUGGUCAUUAACCUGGGGUCUGGGGCCUUUGAGGCCAUUGUGGAGCCAGUGAACGGCAAAUUCAACGACAACGCCUGGCACGAUGUCAAAGUGACUCGCAACCUCCGACAGGUGACAAUCUCUGUGGAUGGCAUCCUUACCACAACGGGGUACACUCAAGAGGACUACACCAUGCUGGGCUCAGAUGACUUCUUUUACGUGGGAGGAAGUCCAAGCACCGCUGACUUACCAGGCUCCCCCGUCAGCAACAACUUCAUGGGCUGCCUUAAAGAGGUUGUUUAUAAGAAUAAUGACAUCCGUCUGGAGCUGUCUCGCCUGGCCCGAAUUGGGGACACCAAGAUGAAAAUCUAUGGUGAAGUUGUGUUCAAGUGUGAAAAUGUGGCCACGCUGGAUCCCAUCAACUUCGAGACCCCAGAGGCUUACAUCAGCUUGCCCAAGUGGAACACCAAGCGCAUGGGCUCCAUCUCCUUUGAUUUCCGCACCACUGAGCCCAACGGUCUGAUCCUCUUCACUCACGGUAAGCCCCAAGAGAGGAAGGACAUCCGGAGCCAGAAGAACGCCAAGGUGGACUUCUUUGCUGUGGAACUCCUUGAUGGCAACCUCUACCUGCUGCUGGACAUGGGCUCUGGCACCAUCAAAGUGAAAGCCACUCAGAAGAAAGCCAACGAUGGGGAAUGGUACCACGUGGAUAUUCAGCGCGAUGGCAGAUCAGGUACCAUAUCCGUGAACAGCAGGCGCACACCUUUCACCGCCAGUGGGGAGAGCGAGAUCCUGGACCUGGAAGGAGACAUGUACCUGGGUGGGCUGCCAGAGAACCGUGCUGGCCUCAUCCUCCCCACUGAGCUCUGGACUGCCAUGCUCAACUACGGCUAUGUGGGCUGCAUUCGUGACCUGUUCAUCGACGGGCGCAGCAAGAACAUCCGGCAGCUGGCGGAGAUGCAGAAUGCAGCAGGCGUCAAGUCCUCCUGUUCACGGAUGAGCGCUAAGCAGUGUGACAGUUACCCCUGCAAGAACAACGCUGUGUGCAAGGACGGCUGGAACCGCUUCAUCUGUGACUGCACGGGCACCGGCUACUGGGGCAGGACCUGCGAGAGGGAGGCGUCCAUCUUGAGCUAUGACGGCAGCAUGUACAUGAAGAUCGUCAUGCCCAUGGUCAUGCACACGGAAGCAGAGGACGUGUCCUUCCGCUUCAUGUCCCAGCGAGCCUACGGGCUGUUGGUGGCCACUACCUCCAGGGACUCUGCCGACACCCUGCGCUUGGAGCUGGAUGGGGGUCGCGUCAAGCUCAUGGUUAACUUAGGCAAAGGACCUGAGACCCUGUAUGCGGGGCAGAAGCUCAACGACAAUGAGUGGCACACCGUUCGGGUGGUGCGGAGAGGAAAGAGCCUUAAGUUAACCGUGGACGAUGAUGUGGCUGAGGGUACAAUGGUGGGAGACCACACCCGUUUGGAAUUCCACAACAUCGAAACGGGUAUCAUGACUGAGAAACGCUACAUCUCCGUUGUCCCCUCCAGUUUCAUUGGCCACCUGCAGAGCCUCAUGUUUAAUGGGCUACUCUACAUUGACCUGUGCAAAAAUGGUGACAUUGAUUACUGCGAACUAAAGGCUCGUUUUGGACUGAGGAACAUCAUUGCCGACCCUGUGACCUUCAAGACCAAGAGCAGCUACCUGAGCCUGGCCACCCUCCAGGCCUACACCUCCAUGCACCUCUUCUUCCAGUUCAAGACCACCUCAGCAGAUGGCUUCAUUCUCUUCAACAGUGGUGAUGGCAAUGACUUCAUUGCAGUUGAACUAGUUAAGGGGUACAUACACUACGUGUUUGACCUUGGAAAUGGCCCCAAUGUGAUCAAAGGCAACAGUGACCGGCCCCUGAAUGACAACCAGUGGCACAAUGUGGUCAUCACCCGGGACAACAGUAACACCCACAGCCUGAAAGUGGACACCAAGGUGGUCACUCAGGUUAUCAAUGGUGCCAAGAAUCUGGAUUUGAAAGGUGACCUCUACAUGGCGGGCCUGGCCCAAGGCAUGUACAGCAACCUACCAAAGCUUGUAGCCUCCCGGGAUGGCUUUCAGGGGUGUCUGGCCUCAGUGGACUUGAACGGGCGCCUGCCAGACCUUAUCAAUGAUGCCCUCCACCGGAGUGGACAGAUCGAGCGUGGCUGUGAAGGACCAAGUACUACCUGCCAGGAAGAUUCGUGUGCCAACCAGGGGGUUUGCAUGCAGCAGUGGGAAGGCUUCACCUGUGACUGUUCCAUGACCUCGUAUUCUGGAAACCAGUGCAAUGACCCUGGUGCAACCUACAUCUUCGGGAAAAGCGGGGGCCUCAUCCUCUACACCUGGCCAGCCAACGACAGGCCCAGCACGCGCUCAGACCGCCUUGCCGUGGGCUUCAGCACCACUGUGAAGGAUGGCAUCUUGGUGCGCAUCGACAGUGCCCCAGGUCUUGGCGACUUCCUCCAGCUUCACAUAGAACAGGGGAAAAUUGGAGUUGUCUUCAAUAUUGGCACGGUUGACAUCUCCAUCAAAGAGGAGCGAACCCCUGUGAAUGAUGGUAAAUACCAUGUGGUGCGAUUCACCAGGAAUGGAGGCAACGCUACGCUGCAGGUGGACAACUGGCCCGUGAAUGAGCAUUACCCCACAGGCAACACUGAUAAUGAACGCUUCCAAAUGGUAAAACAGAAAAUCCCCUUCAAAUAUAACCGGCCCGUAGAAGAGUGGCUGCAGGAAAAAGGCCGGCAGUUAACCAUCUUCAACACCCAGGCGCAAAUAGCCAUUGGUGGAAAGGACAAAGGACGCCUCUUUCAAGGCCAGCUCUCUGGGCUCUAUUAUGAUGGUUUGAAAGUACUGAAUAUGGCGGCUGAGAACAAUCCCAAUAUUAAAAUCAAUGGAAGUGUCCGGCUGGUGGGAGAAGUCCCAUCAAUCUUGGGAACGACACAGACGACCUCCAUGCCACCAGAAAUGUCUACCACUGUCAUGGAAACCACCACUACAAUGGCUACUACUACAACCCGCAAGAAUCGCUCUACAGCCAGCAUUCAGCCAACAUCAGAUGACCUUGUUUCAUCUGCUGAAUGUUCAAGCGAUGAUGAAGACUUCGUUGAAUGUGAACCUAGUACAGGAGGUGAAUUAGUUAUCCCUCUUCUUGUAGAAGACCCUUUAGCCACCCCUCCUAUUGCUACUCGUGCACCUUCCAUUACACUCCCCCCUACCUUUCGCCCCCUCCUCACCAUUAUUGAGACCACCAAAGAUUCCCUGUCCAUGACCUCUGAGGCGGGGUUACCUUGCUUGUCGGACCAAGGCAGCGAUGGUUGUGAUGAUGAUGGCUUGGUGAUAUCUGGGUAUGGCUCAGGGGAAACCUUUGACUCUAACCUGCCCCCUACUGAUGAUGAAGAUUUUUACACCACCUUCUCCUUGGUAACAGAUAAGAGUCUUUCCACUUCAAUCUUCGAAGGUGGCUACAAAGCACAUGCGCCCAAGUGGGAAUCCAAGGACUUUAGACCUAACAAAGUCUCCGAAACUAGUAGGACUACUACCACAUCUUUGUCCCCUGAGCUGAUCCGCUUCACAGCUUCCUCCUCGUCUGGGAUGGUGCCCAAAUUGCCAGCUGGCAAAAUGAAUAACCGUGAUCUCAAACCCCAGCCUGAUAUAGUCUUGCUUCCGUUGCCCACUGCCUAUGAGCUAGACAGCACCAAACUGAAGAGCCCACUAAUUACUUCCCCCAUGUUCCGUAAUGUGCCCACAGCAAACCCCACGGAGCCAGGAGUCAGACGGGUUCCGGGGGCCUCAGAGGUGAUCCGGGAGUCGAGCAGUACAACAGGGAUGGUCGUCGGCAUUGUGGCUGCUGCCGCCCUCUGCAUCUUGAUCCUCCUGUACGCCAUGUACAAGUACAGGAACAGGGACGAGGGGUCCUAUCAAGUGGACGAGUCGCGAAACUACAUCAGCAACUCGGCGCAGAGCAACGGCACGCUCAUCAAGGAGAAGCAGCAGAGCUCCAAGAGCGCGCACAAGAAACAGAAAAACAAGGAUAAAGAGUAUUACGUGUAACCAUGACCACACUACUCAUAAACGAAUUGAAAACAGAAUUAUUUCUAUAUAAAUAUCUAACUACUUGGCAAUUGAGAUUUAACAAUGUCAGAACUGUUCUAACUAUGAGAUGGGGUACACCACGACUAUGGUGGGGAAAACCAUUUUUAAGGACACCUACAAAGAUGUACCUACCUAUACUGUUCAGCCAUGGCUGCUUGGAUUCAGUCAUCGCUCGGAGACAGAAAGUUCUUUCUGCCCUGCUGUAUCAUAAAGCACACACUUUGCGCUCUGGAGUACGCAGAUGGCGCCCCCACUUUCGCAGACUGGAAGCUUCCUUUUCCUGAGGACGUUUUCACCCAAGGUAGAGGACUUCAUGGCUUACUUGUUCCAUAACUCCAAGUGAGUCUGUAAUGAUGUUUGUGAAGCUUGACUGUAACAAUGUUUUUUUUUUGUUCAAUUAUGUAAAAAACAAAAACCAAAAAAAGAAAAGAAAAAAGUUAAAAACAAAACAAAACAAACAAAAAAAAAAUAAAACACCCUUAUCUGGCUCUGGCCAGUGUUGUGUAACUUUUCAAGAUCUGAGGGGAAAAAUGGCUUUUGGGUUUUGUUUAUUUUUUUGAGAAUGACUGGACAUAAGAAAAAGAAAAAAAAACUCAGAAAACAAAAGUAAAAGAGACUAUUGCCAUAUGAACUCAAAAGCUACCAUGGUAUUCACCCUACAUAUCAGGUUGUGGUGUUUCUAGAAUCUGUUGUUUGUUUCCUAUAUGAUGCUUUGCUGAACACAUAGCAAAAACCAUAUAAUGGAUGAUACUGUUGAUUUGAAAAACUGGUCCCCCAGGAUCUAAUUCCAGAAUUUGCCACCCAAACCCUGAACAGUUGGGGUUAGGGCUGGUUCUAUCAGAGCUAUUGGCUUUACCUAACAAUAUCAUUCCUGUCCAUUAGCCCAGCCAAAUUGUGGUAGAGAAGAAAGCCCCACAAAUUCCAA